AUCGCCGCCAUUGGCAGGGCUACUUUCACCGCUUCCUUCGCACACUCCAUGCCCGAACAGGACCUUCAAGCCUAUCUAUCUAGCUCCUAUACCACAUCCGCCAUCCUGUCAGAACUGUCCAAUCCAAAUGAUAAUACGUUUUACGUUGCGCACCUCGCCCCCGCCUCCAGCGCCGUUGCAGGCUUCCUCCAGAUCAAGCACGGCAGCACGGAUCCUUCUCUACCAGCAGACCUCAGGCUCGUAGAGAUCCACCGCGUGUAUGUUGGCAUGGAGUACCACCGGCGCGGUAUCGGGGGCGCGAUGAUGGAGCACGUGCUGGGGGUGUUGCGGCGGGAGGGGGCGUACGAGGGGGCGUGGCUGGGAGUGUGGGAGGAGAAUGUGCGGGCGAAGAAGUUCUAUGGAGGGUUAGGGUUUACGGAGAAUGUGGGAAGGCACAGUUUUACGAUGGGGGAGUGUGUGCAGUGGGAUGAGAUUCUGCUGUUGAGGCUUUGA